AUAACGUUCAGUCAUCGCGCUGGCUUCAUCCGAAUCGGUUUUGUUAGAGGGUGUAGGUAUAACAAACCAUCCAACGAAGUUACGUUGAUUUGAUAAAUUGUAAUUCGUUUUUACUUCUCGUGUGCACGGGGCUGCGCUGGUAAUUUUCAAUAAUAAAUCUUCCACCAAACCCAUAUCAUUAACGGUGCGAUGUUAUUAAGUAGGGGUUUGUUAGGAUAAUGAAUUAAGUGGUUCUGCUUAAAAGAGUGGUUCGGUGAUUAAUUCUACCCCGAAAAUGAUUAAAUAAUUUUGAUGCGUCCGUUUUUUUUGGAGGAAGAAUCCUCUCUUGUAUUACUGAAAUGUUGAGAUACUUUAUGUGUUUGUGAAGUUCACUUUGACGGACAGCUUUUUAAAACAGAACCGAAAAUUUUUGUUCCAUCACCGCCUGUCACUUCGGGGUAUAUAACUUUAAAAAGGACACUUUGUAUUUCUGCAGUGGAUGUCCUGUGAAAAUACAAAAUUUCGAAUUUUGUAAUUUGAACGAAGCUUAAUUUCCGAAGGGAAUUUCGUAAAGGGAUAAAAGGAACGACACAUUAAGAUGGAAACGCUAUACACUGGACAUAUCCAUGGAUUCCCUCCAGCAACAAAUGUAUCGGUAGGCAGUACUUGGGCCUCGCAAGGUGGCAUCGUUGCGCUUGGUGUAGUUUUGGGCAGCAGCAUCAGCCUUGUGGGAUUAGCAUUCGCUUUCAUCACAUAUAGUCUUUUCUCGGACCUGCGUUCAUUAGCUGGUACAGCCUUACUAAGUUUGCUGGCGUCAUUGUUUAUGGGACAACUACUGUUUGUGAUAGGUGUUGGCGGAAUUCAGGAUGCUGAGCUGUGUCUAUCCUUGUCGCUGGCGUUGUUAUUUAUGAAAUUAGCAGCACUGUGCUGGUUAUGCUGCUGCUGUCAUCAUUCGCUAACAUUGUUUCGAAGUAAUGCGAAUUUAAUACCAAGACCUGAAGCAAAAAUGGGACGUGCUUUGGCCCAUUAUAGUCUGCUUUCAUGGGGUUUUCCAUUAAUAAUGGUAGCGGUAGCAGCAGCAUUUGAAUACAAGGAGAAUGAACAUCAUUCGAGUGGUCAACAGACUUCAACGCUUAUCAUCACCGAGCUGAAUACGAACAAUAAUUGCUGGUUAAUGAAAGGAUCCGGAUACAUUUUUGGAUUUCUAAUACCGUCCUCGAUUCUCUUAUUCGUCGGUUUGUACAUGGCAUUCACGGCAAAGAAAAUUGCAAAAAUAUCGGCUGGAAUGCAAAUCGAUUCAAGAGUACGUAAUAAAUUGGAAAAACGACGUGGUCUACAAAUAAAUCUAUUUAUUCGGAUAUUGCUUAUGUUCGCAACAGUUGUUACAUUCGGUGCAAUCGCUUCGCUGAGAAAUUCAACACAAUUUUGGUCCAUGUACAGCAUUGCCCAAGGUGUACAGGGAAUUGUAACAACAUUACUCGUAACGUGUAAUUGCAAAAUAUUAAAACUCUACACAACGCCGCGACUGCACAAGAAUCGCAAAGGAAAGUAUUCCGGUCUGCAGGAAGGCGAGGGUGGCAGAUACGGUGUAUUGUCAGUGACAAAUCCCAAUUAUGCCGACGAUGCGGAUGUCACCGGAAAUGAUGCGGAUUCCAGUUUCGUUAAAAUGAACUACAACGAGGACAGUUUAAUCGAACGUUCCGAGAGCAAGGACAGCACGACGAAUCUUAAUGGUGAUCUGAUUAAUGCAUUAGCGAUUUCAGAACUGUCGAAAACACCGUUGCCGCAGUCGGUUUGAGGGAGAAUCAAUGUGAAAUGUAAUUAUCUAAUUAGUGUUGCUGACGCUAUCAACGUCUUUUCAUACAUAUAGACGUAGUUGGUAUAGCUGUUUAAGGAAUUGAAUUCGGUGUGAAUGAUGAAAAAUAUCUACUUUAAGAUGCGUGGGUGGAUAUCGGAAUUUUAAAGGGAUUUUACGAGACUAACGAGACAUAUUUUGUUCAAAAUCCUUUCUCCAAACAUGCACCGAGAUCUGAAAAUUUUUCAUUAAUUUUUCUUCUUAACGUCUACAACGGCUUAUAGUUCAUGCAUUCUUGUGCACAUUUUUCAAUAUAAUAGAAAAUCCGCUUGAAAGCGUCGUUCUUUGUUGAACUCAUAUCAAUUUUGGUGAUUGCUUUUUCUUUGACGAUUUCGGGUGAACUUUCAGAACGGCGAUUGUAUCGAAUUGUACAACUUUUCGAUACCAUCAAUGGGAAUGAUAUGAAUUUCAAACCGGGAUUUGGAUGUCAUGUGUGUUAGGUAAGUUAUUUAAGCUAAAAGUGGUCCUUAAGUGCAUAUAUAAGAUUUUGUCCAUUAUAUCAAGCACAUUGAAUUUGAAUUGGAGUUCAUUGUAGCCCUUAGGAACAAAUAACUCCAUCGAUAUUAGCUCGUCACAUGUUUCUUAAAUGGAAGGAUGUUCUCUCUUAGUACCGUAAUGCCAUUUUUUUUGUUAGGCUAUCGUUAAAUGGCGAAUGGUGUUUUAGCCGCAAAGGUCCUUUUUCUAGAAAUUCGGCAACGUAAUUAUCAGUGAAGCUCGUCUUUGAAUAGCUCCUGGUAGACCUUCGCCCUCGCUGGCAAAUAGAAUCAGAUAAACUAUUUAACCUCCCGGACGGAUAGUCAUUUCGUUUAGAAUGCAGUGAAUAUCAACCGAAUUUAUGUCUCUGUUUGCUUCAGCUGCUGGUCUACUUACAGAAUCACGCUGCCUAUGCACAGAUAAAAAUAUGGACCUAGAUCUAAAUCUUUUUGGGAUUAACAGUACGCGACCGAAUCUUUUUUAGAAUUUAAAUUUAAUCCCCUCAGGGAUUACUUGAACUUAUCCCCAAAUAAUUAAUCCUUAGAGGAAUUAAAUUUUAAUCUUUGAGGCCCUAACGUUUGACGCUUGUUUACUAUGCGUUGAAACGAAAAUCUCAUUUUAAUCUGAUCAAAAUGUUAUUUGUAGU